AUGGUGCUGCUGAGUCCUUCGAUUGGAGCUUUAAGAAGGCUGCUGUCAAUAUGUGAAUCCUUUGCGGGGGCUCAUGGACUCAAAUAUAACGUCCGUAAGAGUGAGUUUAUGGUGUUUAAGUCUGGUUCACAUACCUACACAGAGUUACCUGAAAUCACACUCUAUGGUACACCGUUAAACAGGGUAGAUAAAUUUAAAUAUUUGGGCCACUGGGUCACCGAGGACCUAAUAGACAAGUUGGACAUUGAAAGGGAGCGUAGGUCGCUGGCUGUCCGAAGUAACAUGUUGGCUCGCAGAUUCGCACGUUGCACUACACCGGUGAAGGUAACGCUUUUCAAAGCUUACUGUCAGUCAUUCUACACGUGUGGUCUGUGGGUUAACUUUACGCAACGGGCAUACAGCGACCUGCGCGUCCAGUACAAUAACGCGCUCAGAGUGCUGUUGGGGCGACCGUGGCGCUGCAGUGCGUCGGGCAUGUUUGCGGAGGCGCGCAUUGAUGACUUCUAUGCCAUUAUGCGGAAGCGCAGCGCCUCCUUGCUGUCGCGGCUCCGCGGCGCUACCAACACCAUUCUGAGUGUGUUUGCUGAUAAGUGGGAUUCCCCAUUGCUGCGCCGAUGGGUGAAGCUCCACCUCUCUUAA